AUGAAUGCAUAAUUAGAUCUAACUGUGCUAUAUGAGAACUAAAACUAAUAAAAAGCCAAAAUUACUUAACUCUUCAUUGAACUGCAUGAAGUAUAAUAAUAGCUUUAGCUAAUCUCACACAAAAACAGUUAAGCCAAAAAUUCAGCAUUGCCUUAAAAUUAAAAUUUGAUUGUUCAAUAGAAGAAAACUGGAAAUUUGUUUACAAAAUUUAGAACAGAAAUUAUCGUCCAUUUUACAAUGUAUUUAAAUGUAAAACAGAUUCUGCAAUUACGUAAAGUAAAUUAAUUGUUUAAUUAAAUCAUUUGCUAAUCACUCCCAACUAGGAUUAUCUAAUACUAAAAUAUACUAGAAAAUAUUCAAAAUACUUUCAAAAGCAUUCCUACCACAAUAAAUAAGAUUCCUGAUGAUUAUCAUUUAGAACAAAACGCAUUAAUAGAUUGGGAAGAAGUAUGGAGUUUCAAAGAAAUUAAUAAAAUUUAUGGUUCCAAAGAAUUAGAACCUGAAAUCUUUUAAGUAUUUAAAUUCAUGUACAUUUCAAUAUAUCCUGAUUUCCCUGAAGAUAUAACUUUAGAAAAAAUUAAAAAGAUGCUAACUAGGGAAUCCCUCAGAUAUGAUCUACCGGAAUGGAAUAAAAUUCUUACUGAAAAAUAAAUAAGUGCCUUGUAAGAUGUGAUGUUAUUAGAUGCACAGAAAAUUUAGGCUCAAUAUAAAUUUUCAGGAUAUGUUUGCUUGUAUUUGUAAAGAUAUACAAAAUUGACAAAAACUGAUCAAUUUAAAUUCUUGGUCCAAUCAUAUGAAUUAAGAAAACGAGAAAAACAAAUAUCAGAAAGAUUGUAAAUACUUAAUAAACUUAAUAAAAAAGUACAAAAAUGA